AUGGAACAUGAGGAGACAUUGGCAAAUAUGGCUAGGAACACACUCGGAGGAAAUCAGGGGCAAGAGUUGGGACAACAAGAACAAGUUGCAAUCCCCAAUCCAAUUGAAAUGGUUCAAGUGCUUCAGACGUUGGUCGGGGUGGUGCAACAACAAACCACCAUAGGGAAUAACUUGACUAGACUUAUGGAGCAACAACAGCGGAUGCAGCUAGGCGUUGGGCCACAACCAAGGCCACGUUGUAACAUUACUGAGUUUAAGAAGAUAGCCCUGGCAUUUGACAGAGCCACAGACCCUUUGGAGGCUGAAAAAUGGUUGACAGAAAUGGAAAAGUUGUUUCCUGUUUUUGAGUGUACGGAUGAUCAGAAGGUGACCUAUGCUACGUUUAUGCUACAAGGGAUAGCUAAUGAUUGGUGGCAGAUGGAGAAGCGCAUACACGAGCAUGAUGCCAACCCCUAUACAUGGGAAAGGUUUAAAAAUGCAUUCAAUGAGAAAUAUUUCCCUAGGAGUGUUCGUCUACAAAAACAAAGGGAAUUUUUGAGGUUAAAGCAAGGGAAUAAGACGGUUGCAGAAUAUGAAGCUGAGUUUACGAAGUUGUCUAAAUUUGCAUCAGCAUUUGAAACAGAUGAGGAUAGCAGAGCACGAAAGUUUGAAAGUGGGCUAAGAACGAACAUUAUGCAACAGGUGGUUCCUUUCGAGUUACCUACUUUCGGAGAAGUGUUGAAUAAGGCUUUGUUGGUUGAGAGUGGCCUCACUAGAGCCCAAGAAGAGAAAGAAGAGGCCUAG